CAACACCACUCCACUUCAUCUUCUUCCUCCUGAAAUUUGCAGCAAUGCUGAAACCAGUUCACAAACUUCUUGUGUUCUUCUUCUUCAUCUCUCUUUCAUGGCAGAAAAUCGACGGCCAACAAACAUGGCAAGAUGCUUUUAAGGUGUUGGGAAUCGCAUGGAACAAAGACGGAACCAGUUUGAACCGGACCAUCCAGAUUCCGAUGGUCGACCCGACUCCGUACGACGACGGGACCACCACACCCGCACCGAUAGCCCUCUCACAGGACAUCCAGCUCACCGCCUCCUCCAAAGCCUACGUCCGCCUCUACAUUCCGACGAACCCACCUAAGAACAAGAAGCUGCCGUUGAUCAUCUACUUCCACGGCGGCGACUUCGUCCUCUUCAGCGCCACCACCGUCAUCUUCCACAACUUCUGCAACCAGAUCGCAUCCCAGCUCCCCGCCGUCGUCGUCUCCGUCGAGUACCGCCUCGCCCCGGAGAACCGCCUCCCCGCCGCGUACGACGACGCGCUCAACGCCCUCUUCUGGGUGAGGAACCAGUCCCUCGGGAUCGGCGGCCGCGACCCCUGGAUGGAGUACGCCGACUUCACAAAAGUCUACUACCUCGGUUCCAGCGCCGGCGCCAACAUCGCCUACCACGUGGCACUCCGGGCACUCGACUUCGAUUUCCGGCCACUCAAAUUCCAGGGCCUGCUCAUGAACCAGGGCUACUUCGGCGGCGUUAAAAGAACCUCAUCGGAGACCCGCCUGAAAGACGACCCCUACGUGGCACUGUACGUGAACGACGUUCUCUGGACGCUGGCGUUGCCGAAGAACGCGAACCGGGACCACGAGUUCUGCAACCCGAUCUCCGGCGGAACAUACCUGGGCCGGGUUUACCGGCUACCGAAGGUGUACGUGAAGGGUGACUACGGCGACCCGUUAGUUGACCGGUCGGUUCUGUUGGCACAGUAUCUACAGUCUUGCCGGGUUACGGUUUACUACCGGUUCAAACAAGGUGGGUAUCAUGGGAUCGAGCUCUCGAACACGACAGAGGCUCAGCUGCUGUACGAUGAUAUCAAGUGGUUUGUCAACGAAGCCGGUACCGGAGUUCAGGAGAAGCUGCCGGAGGGAGUUUCUUACUCCGGCCAUGCUUCGCAGUGAUGUAACUUAUCUAUCUGUUUGUUUACGUACAUCACGAGUUUCUGCCUUUUUCUUUUUUUUUUUUUUUUUUCUUUUUUUUUUAGUUUGUACCUUGAAUAAUGGAGAAGGGCAGAAUAAUAAUAAAAUUGGCCUUUUUUGUUUUU